AUGUCCGAAAAAGGAGAGAGAAUGCAGAAGAGAUUCAAAAUUACGAACUUGUCUGAAGGGGACAGAUGGCUGAAAUCAGACAACUUACCUGCGAGGAUUGGUAUGUAUGAAGUCGAGACGGCGGAUGUUAAACACGUCGUGGCUAGCAUCGGAAUAGUAAUAAAGCUAGAGGCUCGCCAGGCCCUUUGGCUCUUUUCAGUGAAAGAAUGGAAUCUCACGGAGUCUGUUUGUGCGGCUAUCGACGCUGCGCUCAGCAGAAGAAACCAAGCAAUGGUCUUGCUUAAAGAACAGAAAGAGCAGGAGAGCGCGGGUUCGUAUUGGAUAAGUGGAGGAUAUGAGGAUUAG